GGUUUCAUAGUUUGGGAAAGAGAAACAAAAGAGGAAAAAGAAAAAGAAAUUAAAACGACGGUGAAAAAUCUCGAGAGGGUUUUCUUCUUAUAUAUCAUCCAUCCCCCCCUUCGCCUUCCUUGUUCGUAUUCUCGCGGCUGACAAAAGACACAGAGCGUCGUUAUAUAUUUUCAAUCCAGAUCCGAUUGUGCGAGAGAGAUAGAGAGAGAGAGAGGCAGCUCACGGCGGAUAAGAUGAGCAGCAGCAGCAUUAAGGUCGUUGUCGGCGGCGGCGGAGGGAGAAAGGGCAAUAAUGGAAUGAACGAUAUCCCGUCAGGGUCUAGGAAAAUAGUACAGAGCUUGAAGGAAGUCGUCAACUCUCCCGAGGCUGAGAUCUACGCUAUGCUCAAAGAGUGCAAUAUGGAUCCUAACGAAGCCGUUCAUCGCCUCCUCUCUCAAGAUCCUUUUCACGAGGUGAAGAGCAAAAAAGAGAAGAAGAAAGAGACAAGGGAUAUACCGGAUUCCCGGCCGCGUGGUGCUAAUAACAGAUACAACAGCGGUGGUAGAGGUGGUUCUGAUCGCUAUGCUGGACGAAGUGCAUCUACCCAUCUCAGCUCUGCUGAUUCUGGAAACUUCCAGGGGAAAUCUACAAGCAAGAAAGAAAGUGGAACUCAGGGUUACACUAGUUCUUGGUCUUCUGCCUCUGGAGUGCCAAACCACCAGCUGACACCACACAGUGAUUCUGUUGUAACGGAAAAUAAAUUGCCAUCUGCUACCGGCGAUGGAAUAUCACCAUCACAGCCUGCUUCUGGACAUCAAACUGCAUGGUUUGGGGCUCCAGGCCAGAUGUCUAUGGCUGACAUUGUGAAGAUGGGUAGACCACAGAACAAGACAACAAACUCAAAACAGAAUGUCAAUAUGCGUUCUGAGAUUAAUCACGAGCAUGAAGCUAAUGCAGACCACCAGGUCCCUGUUAAAGAAGAGUGGCCAUCGAUUCAGAAGCCACUAGCUCCUGGUAAACCUUCUGUAUCAGUAGCACCAGCAGAGUCAGAGGUAUGCGACGGUCAAGCUGAUUUCCAAUCCGCCAGAGUAGAUCAGCAUCUGAGCGACCGGUUAGAAAACAUACAUUUAGCAGAAAGUGGCCCUUCUGAGAAUCUUAGAGUCGAUCAACUGCAACCUAACUCGGUUACUGUUAAAAAUGUCCAAGAAGAUGACUCUGGGGUUUCGUCUGAAUUUAACGAGAAUCAGUACGCAUAUCAGACGCAGAGCCAUCCUGUAGAGCACCACAAAGAUGAAGAUGAGGAUUCAUCUGGUUCGGCUGACGUUCAACAACUAACAGUAGAUAGUCAUGAUCAAGCAGCCUCGCAUGAAGAGGAUAGACGUGCUGUCGUUAUUCCUAAUCAUUUGCUUAUCCAUACAGAAGAAUGCUCACAAUUAAGUUUUGGAAGUUUUGGAGCUUUUGGAUCAAAGUCUUUGAGCAACAACGCAGAAGAGACUCCUGAUGUAGCUCAACAGAUCGAACAUUCAGAUGCAAGAAACACUGAGUUCUAUGGAGAUGAACAUCUUGAAAGCACGGUCAAUGGAAAUAUGGGCCACGCAGCUGCUGCUGGAAGUUAUGAUGAUUCCUUAGAAUCUAGGCAAGAGAACCCCGAGACUGUCCAGGAGCAUCAGUAUACAUAUGCUCAGUCCGAGCCAGGGUACGCUAAUCAGCAGCUGAAUACUGCAUAUGAUGCGUCACAGACACAUGCACAAAAUCAGACGCAGAACCCCGUGACUGUUCAGGAGCACCAGUACGCAUUUGCUCAGUCUGAGCCAGGGUACUCUAAGCAGCAGCAGCAGCUGAAUACUGCGUAUGAUGCGUCACAGACACAUGCACAGAAUCUUGCUUCGUUAUCGAAUGUGAUGCAGGGGUAUACACACUCAGUUCCCAACAGUUUAUUGGGGCAAACUGCACAAAAUGCGAGGGAGCUUGAUUUCCAGUAUUCCCCUUUUGCCCAGUCUAUGCAGUCAAGAAACAACAACAAUGCUUCAUCUCUUGGUGGCCAAAGCAUUUCCAUGCCUGAGGCCCUACGAGGCAGUGGAAUUCCAGCAACACAGCCAACGCAGCAAAACUUAGCCGGUGCUAAUAUCGCAACUGGACCAGCUCUUCCUCAACAACAGCUUCCAAUGCAUCCUUACUCUCAACCCACAAUGCCGCUAGCACACUUUGCAAACAUGAUCAGUUACCCUAUGAUUCCUCAGAACUAUCCAUACAUGCCAUCCGCUUUCCAGCAAGCGUUUGCUGGUAACAGCUCAUACCACCAGCAACAACUAGCUGCGUUGCUUCCUCAGUACAAAGCCAAUCUCUCUCCUAGUACUUUGCCUCAGUCUGGAACAGCUCCUGCUUCCGCUUAUGGAUUUGGAAACUCCACCAAUGUUGGAUCCGCUGGAAACUUCCCUCUUAACCAACAGUCUGCUCCUACCGGUUAUGAAGAUGUUUUGAGUUCUCAAUACAAAGAGAACAGUAAUCUGUUGGCACUCCAGCAGCAACAACAGCAGCAGCAGCAGAAUGAUAAUUCGGCGAUGUGGCAUCACGGCCAUGGUUCUCGAACCAUGUCAGGUGUUCCGGCUAACGCGUACUUCAACCUCCAACAACAGCAGCAACUACAACAAGCUCAGCAAGCAGCAGGAGGGUAUCGCCAAGCUCAGCAACAACAGCAGUAUGGGUCUCAUGGCUACCCUAAUUUCUAUCAGUCCCAAACAGAAAUGUCGCACGAGCGCCAGCAGCAAAACCCUAGAGACGCUGCAGGAGCUCAGCCCUCGAACCAAACCCAGCAGCAGCUGUGGCAAAACUCUUACUAAAAUAAAAGAAAGUUGAGUGAUUUUCUUUAGCUCCUUUCUGUUAUAGAGAGGUUUGUAUGGCGAGGGUGAAGAGGAAAUGGAUAUGUUCUUAAUGUAUUAACUAUAAUCAUCAUCCUUUUUGUCUCCUUUGUAACUUAGCAAACAUUUCCUUUAACCGGUCUCGUCUUUUCAUGUCCUUGGUGUUUAAACGUUUUGUUAAAGAUCUUCUAGCUUUGGGCUUAACAACACCUUGAUACUCAUCUU